CCUCCUCCCCCGUCCAUCAGCUUUUGCCCCGCCCUCCUGUCCAGCAGACCGGAAGGAUGAGCUCCCGGAAGUUCCGGCGGGGCCGUCGCUGUGUGGGGUAAACAGUAAUGGCGGAGGCUGCGGUGGCCCCCGGUGGUGGCGGAGCAGCGGCAGCGACAGCCGCGGCAGCUGGAGCAGCGGCUGUCGCGGCCCCCAGCCCCUCCGCCGCCGCCGGCGCCGCCGGCGCCACCAUCUCCACCGCCACGGCCCCCAGCCUCCCCACAGCCGAGCCUCAGCCGCCGCCGGCCGGAGCCGGAGGGGGAAGCAGCGGCGGUUGGACUAAGCAAGUCGCCUGCAGGUAUUUCAUGCAUGGCGUUUGCAAGGAGGGAGACAACUGCCGUUACUCCCAUGAUCUCUACACUAGUCAGUCUGCCAUGGUGUGCAGGUAUUUUCAGCGAGGAUGCUGUGCUUACGGAGAUCGUUGCAGAUACGAACAUACCAAGCCAUUGAAAAGGGAAGAAGUGACUACUGUGAGUCCAGCUAUAAAAACCUACCCUUCAGCUUCCACAGAUGUGAGCCCGUCCCCUGGAACACUUGAAGUGAGCACUGGUGAAACUGAAGUUGAAGACAAAGACCUGGCAGCCGCCGGAGCUAGGGCUGAAGAUUGGGUGAAUGCUGUGGAGUUUGUCCCUGGGCAGCCAUACUGUGGCCGUGCUGCUCCAUCCUGCACUGAAACUCCCAUGCAGAGAAUGGUAAUUGAAGAGGAAUAUGAAAAACAGCACACCAACCUGGAGAUGAAGAAACAAUUAUGUCCCUAUGCCGCAGUGGGAGAAUGCCGCUAUGGAGAAAACUGUGUAUAUAUCCAUGGAGAUGUGUGUGACAUGUGUGGCUUGCAGGUCCUCCAUCCCGCUGAUGCCGCACAGAGAUCUUUGCACAUAAAGUCUUGCAUCGAGGCUCAUGAGAAGGACAUGGAGCUCUCCUUUGCCGUCCAGCGUAGCAAAGACAUGGUGUGUGGCAUCUGCAUGGAGGUGGUGUAUGAAAAAGCCAACCCCAGCGAGCGUCGCUUUGGGAUCCUCUCCAACUGCAAUCACACUUACUGUCUCAAGUGCAUCCGCAAGUGGAGGAGCGCUAAACAAUUUGAGAGCAAGAUCAUAAAGUCCUGCCCAGAAUGUCGGAUCACAUCUAACUUUGUCAUUCCAAGUGAGUACUGGGUGGAGGAGAAGGAAGAGAAGCAGAAACUCAUUCAGAAAUACAAGGAGGCAAUGAGCAACAAGCCAUGCAGGUAUUUUGAUGAAGGCCGUGGGAGCUGCCCAUUUGGAGGGAACUGUUUUUACAAACACGCAUAUCCCGAUGGCCGCCGAGAGGAGCCCCAGAGGCAGAAAGUGGGAACUUCGAGUAGAUACAGAGCCCAACGGAGAAACCGGUUUUGGGAGUUCAUUGAGGACAGGGAGGGCAGUGAUCCCUUUGAGAACGACGAGGACGAGGUGGUGACCUUUGAGCUGGGCGAGAUGCUUCUCAUGCUGUUGGCAGCAGGAGGCGACGAUGACCUGACAGACUCAGAGGACGAAUGGGACUUGUUUCAUGAUGAGCUGGAAGACUAUUACGACUUGGCUCUAUAGCACCUCUUUGUGGAGUUUUGGACUGCCUGCUCCAGUUUUCAGGCAGUAGCUCUUUUUCCUGUGGUGUUGUGGCAGUGCCUGUGUUUUUUUCUCCUCCUAGGCAGGCCUAUCCAUUCCAGGUGCUGCUGUUGUAAUAACUUUUUACCCAGGGUCUGUCUCCUCCUCUCCCUGAACCCCACCCCGCCCUCCUUUCUCCUGGCCUCAAAGCUCCCCCAACCCCAGGAGUGUGUGUUUUUUUCUUCUCUGUUAAACAAAUGACAUGUAAUAAACCUUUAAAACGUUAGGGUUUUUUUUUUGUAAAAAAAAAAAGGAAUUUAACUGUCAGACAGUUAGACUUGUUGCUUCAUAUCUGUGUUCCUGUCGGGGAUUCACCCAGUUCCAAGGUUCAAGUGUUUACAGGACUUCCACACUCAUCUUGAAGAGCCCAGAGACAAAUGUGAGAGCGGCGGUUGUGCGGCAGGGGCAGGGAUGGGCAGGAGUUGGCCAAUGGCCUCUUUCCAUUACGGACUUCGGAAACAUUUAUUUUUUACUACUUCAGAUUUCGGGCCAGCGGUGUCGUCUGUUCGUUCUUUUCCCUUGGCCGGCUUCAGUUCCAUUCCAGACCCGACUCCCACCCCAUGUACACGUGUUCAUUUGUGGUUUUGGUCACUUGUUUACUUGCACAUUACUAUUUACUACUGUGUAACCAGAACCAGGCGCGAAUGUUCCGGGUUUUUACUGUUCGGCAUGAGAGGGAAAUGUGGUUUUUUUGUGUGUGAAAGGAGAACUUUCUAUGUAUGUAUAUACAAAUAAAAUGCAGAGUUGUAUCCCAA